AUGGGUUUAGAGACAAAGAUCAAUAAAUCAGCCAAGUCUCUGACGGGCUUCAAUGGCGCAACAACGGUUACCGUGGGCACAAUAGAUCUCGACGUCUAUUCCCCACCAGUAAUCAGCUCACAAACGUUCAUGGUCUUUGAUGAAGCCUCACCUUACAAUGGCAUUCUGGGCAGACCAUGGAUCAGCAAGAUCAACGCUGUCACCUCCGCCACACAUCAGAAGAUUCACUACCCAAUCCUUGGGGGCGGUAUCGGUGAAAUCAACAGCGAUCAGGCAAUGGCGAGGAAAUGCUUAGCUCAAAGGCUGAAGAAAGGCAAGCAAACACAGUUCCUCCCUGUGAAUCGGGCAAAUCUAAAGGGACAAUCAAAGAAUCAGGACCAAGUUGAGGGAAUCCGUCCGGAGGUCUCUCCUGAAGAAGGAUGGAAGACCUUGGAGGACGUUGAGCUAGUACCCUUUGAUCUUGACAAGCCAGAGAGAACAGCGCGGAUCAGCUCGCACCUAAGCCAGAAGGAAAAGGCAGAGCUUGUAGCCUUCCUCCAGAACAACAAAGACGUAUUUGCAUGGUCACCAUCCGACAUGCCUGGCAUAGACGUCAACCCAGCUAUCAAGCCUGUAGCGCAGAAGAGACGCAACUUCGCCCCCCAGCUGGUUGCCAUCAUUGAAGCCGAGAUCGACAAGCUUCUAGCUGCCGGUUUUAUUGAAGAAGUCUCCUAUGUAGAAUGA